CCUGCGGGUGGCAGUGUUUGUUGUUGGAGGAAGUGGAGAAGUUCUGAGGCGUCUGAGCCGUGAUACUCACUGAUGGAGAAAAACACUACCAUGAAAGAGAGAUAAGGGCGUGUUUGACAGAGAUCCCCGACAAGCAGCCGCCGCUCCGCGCCACGCUCACGGUGGCUGUUACCGCGCAGCGUUCGCCUCAGAUGCUGACCGACCCACGGCCAUGAACGACAACUUCGACCGAGCUCCCGGAGCGGGGAGGACCCGCAAUCUGCCUGCUGACCCCGGACUGCUGCGCAGCGCCGCGGUCGGUGAGGCCGCCACCACCACGCUGUUCAACCAAAGGCAACUGAGACAGCCGCGCACCUCGCCGCCUUUCGUGGAGAACAACGUGAGCGCGGCCGGGGACGCUGCUGCUGCAGAUUAUAGAAGACCGAACAAACCCCAGCAAAGUGUCCAACCCAACAACCUGUCUGCCUCCAGAGGCUCCAAUGAUGUGGACGUUUUGGUCAAGUCCAACCUGUCAGCUACAGCUCCAGAGUUUGUCCCCUCUGUCGGGAACCUGUAUGACGACUCGUCUUAUGAGAACAGCGAAUACUACGAUGAAACAACACUAGCUGACAUGGUCACAGACUUCCUGGGAUACCUGAGUUCCUCACCGGGCUCCUUCGACUCGGAUGUUGAUUACAUGACUUCCGUGCUCAAUUCUUGGGUCACCACUGAGGAGUUGUUACAGGAGUUGGUGGAACUGAUCUACACACAGUCUACUGCCAUUCCAAACUUCUCCUACACUGGCGCCAGGCUUUGUAACUACCUGUCCCAUCAUCUGACCAUCAGCCCCUCCAGUGGGAACUUUCGUCAGCUGCUCCUGAAAAGAUGUCGAAUAGAGUAUGAACAGAGAGAUGCAGCGGUUCGAGGUGACGCAGACACUCGGAAGAAGUUCCACUCUUUUGUGCUGUUUCUCGGAGAGCUUUACCUGCAUCUGGAGGUUAAGAGCCCCAAAGGACCUCCAACCAGAGCAGAUAUCCUCCUGAAUGGUCUGAAAGACCUGUUGAACAGUCUUUUGUCCAAUCCUGUGGAUUCAAACCUCAUCUGUGCUGUCAAACUGCUAAAGUUGACGGGGUCUGUGCUGGACGAUGCGUGGAAGGAGAGUAGAAAACCACAUAUGGACGAGAUGAUCCAAAGAAUAGAAAAUAUCCUGCUGGAUGCCGAUUGCAGCAGAGACGUGAAACAGAUGCUUCUGAAACUGGUGGAGUUGAGGUCCAGCGACUGGGGCAGAGUCCGUGUUGCUGCAGCUGCCAGCAACGCCACGCCAGACAACGACCCCAACUACUUCAUGAAUGAGCCUACUUUCUACACAGAAGACGGUACUCCUUUCACAGCAGCAGACCCGGAAUAUGCUGAAAAAUAUCAAGAAAUACUGGAGCGGCAGGAUUAUUUCCAUGAUAUUGACGGAGAAAACGGAAGUGAGGGAUUUGAAUUUGAAGAUGAGAUGGAGCCUGAGAUAGAGGAGGCGUUUGAACGUUUUUGUUUGGAGUCAGAGAGGAAGCGACAACAAUGACGCGGGGGCCGAAAAUCCUCAAGAUUCACCUUCCACUCCGGCUCAGACUAUUAUUUACUGCAAAGAAAGCAUUUUAACAAGACGCUUUUCAUAGUUGCACUUCUGACACUUUUCAGUGUUGAUUAGGAGAAAGUGGACAAUCAAACUGUUUGAAAUGUGGAGCUUUCCAGAGAUUCUUUUCUCUUUUUGUUUUUGACAGCGAAGUCUCUAACAUUUCUUCUGUUGUUUUGGAGGUUUCGAGACAUCUUUCAUUUACUCCUAAACUAAUUGCCAAGAGGGAACUAGUGUGCUGUGAAUUUUUGUAGUUCUUUUCUGUUAGAUGCAUUUCUUUCAGACGCGUGCAAACUGUUCAAUACUAGUUAGCGCCCCGCACAUAAAGGACGGGCUGAUCUUUGUGGGUGGGAUGGUUGUUCUGCUCUCUGCCAGCUUAAAGUAUCCACACAGCCUUUUUCUCCAGUGUCGUGACAUUGUGUUUCAUGUCACAUUGCUAUUGUUAAGACACUUUUUCUCUUUGAAGCUGGUAACAUUUGAUUCUGAAAGCAUUUACUGGAACAAAGUCAUUUUGAAAGUCGAUUCAGGCCAAGUCUUUCUUUUCUCAUAUACUUGAAGGAUUUCAAUAAAUAUUGAGCUCCAA